GAGGGCGGCGCUAGGACCCGGCGGCCAGCCCGCCGGCUCCCGGGAGGUUGAUAAAGCGGCGGCGGCGUUUGACGUCAGUGGGGAGUUAAUUUUAAAUCGGUACAAGAUGGCGGAGGGGGACGAGGCAGCGCGAAGGCAGCAGCCGCGCCAGGGGCUGCGGCGCCGGCGGCGGAUCAGCGACUCCAGCGCCGAGGUUAACCACGUCUCGUCCACGACCUCCUUAGGUGAGGAUUAUGAAGAUGAUGACCUAGUAAACUCUGAUGAGGUUAUGAAGAAACCAUGUCCAGUACAGAUUGUUCUUGCUCAUGAAGAUGACCAUAACUUUGAACUGGAUGAAGAAGCUUUGGAGCAGAUCUUGCUACAGGAACACAUACGAGAUCUUAAUAUAGUAGUGGUGUCCGUGGCAGGAGCUUUUCGUAAAGGGAAAUCAUUUCUGCUGGACUUCAUGCUUAGAUAUAUGUAUAACAAGGAUUCUGCGAGUUGGAUUGGUGGAAACAAUGAACCAUUGACCGGCUUCACAUGGCGUGGUGGUUGCGAGAGAGAGACAACAGGCAUACAAGUUUGGAAUGAAGUAUUUGUGAUUGACAGACCCAAUGGAACAAAAGUGGCUGUGCUGCUGAUGGAUACCCAGGGUGCCUUUGAUAGCCAGUCGACAAUCAAAGACUGUGCGACCGUGUUUGCUCUCAGCACGAUGACCAGCUCUGUGCAGGUGUAUAACUUAUCUCAGAAUAUUCAAGAAGAUGAUCUUCAACACUUACAAUUAUUUACAGAGUAUGGAAGACUUGCAAUGGAAGAAAUCUACCAGAAACCAUUUCAGACGUUAAUGUUUUUGAUUCGAGAUUGGAGUUAUCCUUAUGAACAUUCGUACGGUUUGGAAGGCGGAAAACAGUUCCUUGAAAAGAGAUUGCAGGUAAAACAAAAUCAACACGAAGAGCUACAGAAUGUAAGAAAGCACAUUCACAAUUGUUUCUCAAAUCUUGGUUGCUUCCUUUUGCCACAUCCUGGUCUUAAAGUUGCAACUAAUCCUAGCUUCGAUGGGAGAUUGAAAGAUAUUGAUGAAGACUUUAAACGAGAACUUCGGAAUUUGGUUCCAUUGCUGCUUGCCCCUGAAAACUUGGUAGAAAAAGAGAUCAGUGGAUCUAAGGUCACAUGUAGAGAUCUUGUAGAGUAUUUUAAGGCUUACAUUAAAAUCUAUCAAGGAGAGGAACUUCCGCAUCCAAAGUCUAUGCUUCAGGCAACCGCAGAAGCUAAUAAUCUGGCUGCAGUAGCAGCAGCAAGAGAUAUUUAUUGCAAAAGCAUGGAACAGGUCUGUGGUGGGGACAAGCCUUACAUUGCACCUUCGGAUCUGGAGCGAAAACACUUGGAUCUCAAGGAAGUUGCAAUCAAACAGUUUCGUUCUGUGAAAAAAAUGGGUGGAGAUGAGUUCUGCCGUCGUUAUCAGGACCAGCUGGAAGCUGAAAUUGAAGAGACCUAUGCAAAUUUUAUAAAGCACAAUGAUGGCAAAAACAUCUUCUAUGCUGCUCGUACUCCUGCCACACUUUUUGCAGUCAUGUUUGCAAUGUAUAUAGUCUCAGGACUGACUGGCUUCAUUGGCCUAAACUCUAUAGCCGUCUUGUGUAACCUUGUCAUGGGGUUGGCACUGACGUCUCUUUGUACUUGGGCAUAUGUGAAAUACUCUGGGGAGUUCAGAGAAAUUGGAACAAUGAUUGAUCAGAUUGCUGAAACACUAUGGGAACAGAGGAGUCCCAGGAAGGUGUUUUCCAAACUCUUUGAAGUUCCUAGACGUCGGCUGGUUCACCGUGCUCUUUCAUCAGCACAGCCACAGAGACUGUCACCCUACAAUAACAAGAAGAAAAAUUAGACAGUAUUUUUACCUUUUUUCUGUAUCUGAAGUGUUCACACUUAACACAUGUAGGACAGUAAGCAGGACCGUCUGGGCCGGUCUGCAUAAAUGCUGUAUACAUACAGAUUUGAUGCUGCAUAUAGGGUAUGGAAUUGCACAUCCAUCUAAUAGGAAUGGUAAAUGGUUUGAAUAAGAGGAAAGUAAUUGUGUGUUGCAUUAUAAAAUGUCUAACUGCAUUAUUUGUAGCAUAAUUUUCUUUUCUUUCUUUUUUUGUUUUGUUUUUUGGGAGAAACAUCUUUUUUGUUUUCCACAUUCCUGGUUAUUUUUGUCAUUGCUUUGAAUUAAAUUUUGAUAUCUAUUUUUAUAUGUAACUCUUUUUUUACCUCAUGUUUUUGUUUGUUUGC